CUUUUUCCUUUUCAAGUCUUGCGUUUCAGUUACUUUAAUCCCAUCCCCUAUUAUUAAUCCACAUCACUCCUCCAUUUUCUCUGUCUCUCCCUCUCACUAUAUAUAACCCAUCUCACCUUCUCUUGUUUUUAUAUCUUUCUGUCUUCUAAAACCGAAGAUUAGAGAUUUCUGUCUUUGAUGAUCAAGAAAGGAAGAAGAAGAGGAAAUUAAAGAGGAAGGUUUCAAGAAAAGAAAAGGGUUUUCGCUUGUUUUGCUUUCAGAUUUAGGGUUUGGUGUUGGUUAGGAAAAUAUGGCAGUAGAAGCGCAGCAGUUUCCGUUAUGCGGUUCUCAAGAUUUGGUUAUGGACAAUAAUGGUUGUGGUGGUUUUGGGUUAAAUAAUUAUUCGUAUAUCCAACAACAUCAACAACAGCAAAAGCAGCAGCAGCAGCAGCAACAACAACUACUACUCCAACAGCAACAAUUGUUACAAAAUCAUCAGCAGCACCAGCAAAAGAAUCAAAAUCUUUGCUUUCAAAGUAGUGUUCUUGUUCCUUCUGCUUUAGAAAACAAUCAUAGCCCAUCUAUGGCUUUUUCUCAAUCCCCCAUUGCUGCUUUUGAUGAAAAGCAAAGACAAGAAAUUGAUCAGUAUAUCAGAUUACAGAACGAGAGAUUGAGAUUGUUACUCCAAGAGCAAAGAAAACAACAUUUUGCAUCAUUGUUAAAGAGAAUAGAAUCAAAGGCGCUUCCUUUGAUAAGACAAAAAGAUGAACAAAUUGCACAAGCAACUAAAAGAACAAUGGAGCUUGAAAAUUUCUUGAAAAGAUUAGAGAUGGAAAAUCAAGCGUGGCAAAGGGUAGCACAAGAAAAUGAAGCAAUGGUUCUAUCUCUUAAUAAUACAAUUGAACAGUUAAGAGAAAAAGCCUCUUGUUGUUUUGAUAACGGAGCAGAGGAUGCAGAGUCUUGUUGUGAAGUAAACAGAGCAGAAGAAGAAGGAGAAGAAGAAACCGAACAAAGAGGAAAAAACAGAGCAUUUUUCAAUGACAAUUAUAAAAUAACAGAGGAAGAAAUAGUAAGAAAGAAGAUGAUGGUAUGCAGAGGCUGCAAUUCUAGAGAUUCGUGUAUUUUAUUCCUUCCUUGUAGGCACCUUUGUUCAUGCAAAGCUUGUGAAGCUUUUCUUGAUUCUUGCCCUGUUUGUCUAACGGGAAAGAAGGCCUGCAUUGAGGCUUUAAUAGUUUAGGUUUCCUAGGCUCAAAAUUUUCCGGGAAAAGUGAAAGGAAAAGAAAACUAGAAAUGGAAAUUGGCAUUUGGUAUUAGAUAUUAGUUGUCUUUCUUGGUUGGCCCUUUUAAGAGACCCUUUUGUAUUUAAUUAGAGAUAUCAGAUAUAAAAACUGUAAUUUUUCCAAAAAAAAAAAAAAAAAAAA